UUAUGUUAUCAAUUCUUAGCCCAAUACAAAAAUGAUUAAAGAAAUUGAAACUGAGAUAGAUUUAUGUUAUUACGUCUUAGCUCAAUACAAUAAAAACAAAAAAAAAUUGGUAUAGAUCCACUCGAAAGUGGAGAGCCUUAACCGAAAUGUGUUCGGACCCGAAGGUCAAUCCCGUCUCUGUCAGAGGAGAUGCCAACCAUCUCUCCUUUCUACGAACACACUUUGUUGCUUUUCUUAUUAUAUAUAUACUUUAAAAAUCAAGACACAACCUCCGAUGUGGGACAAAUCUUAACAUUUUCAAAUUUCAUUUUCUUCUUUCUUUGUGCUCUCUCUCUCUCGUUUCGCUUUCGUCGCUGUUUUCGUUUAUGAAGCGAGUAUCAGCUAUAGCUGCUUCUCUUCUCCAACGAGAUUUCUCUUCUUCUUCUUCUUCUUUGCAGUUAAUUCCGCGAUGCGAUAAUUCACCAAAGCCAAUCCUCAAUCCGCUCUACAACUUACUUCCCCAGACUCAAAACCCUAAUCGAAUCGUCGAUGUCAUCUGUUCGACUCUCAAUCAGCGUGAUUUCGUCUUAUCCAACUUUCGUGACGAGGUAAAGUCGCUGAUUCCUCACUUGGGAGACCGUGAAAUUUCUAGGGUUUUGCUUAGGUUUCAGUCAGAUGCUCCUCGAGCUCUUGCAUUCUUCAAUUGGGUUAAAUUCGAUUUGGGUAAGAGACCAAAUGUUAAUAACUACUGUUUGUUGCUUCACGUUCUUGCUUGUUCAAAGAAGUUUCCUUUGGCUAUGCAAUUCCUCUGUGAAACGAUUGAGUUAGAUGAAGAAGAUGAUGUGUUUAGCGUUUUGGUUUCGUCUACUGAUGAAUGCAAUUGGGAUCCUGUUGUUUUCGAUAUGCUUGUCAAGGGUUACCUAAAACUGGGUUUGGUAGAACAAGGUUUCUCUGCGUUUCGAAAAGUGAUUGAUUCCGGUUUUCGUGUUAGUGUCGUCACUUGUAAUCAUCUCUUGAAUGGUUUGCUGAAACUGGAUUUGAUGGAGGAUUGUUGGGAUGUGUAUCGCGUCAUGUGUAGAGUCGGAAUCCAUCCCAACACGCAUACGUUCAACAUCCUUACCAACGUGUUCUGCAACGAUUCGAACUUCAACGAGGUUAAUGACUUCUUGGAGAAGAUGGAAGAAGAAGGGUUCGAGCCUGAUUUGGUUACUUACAACACGUUAGUGAGUAGUUAUUGUAGAAGAAGAAAGUUGAAAGAAGCGUUUUAUCUGUACAAGAUCAUGUAUCGGCGUCGUGUUGUGCCUGAUUUAGUUACCUACACGUCGCUUAUCAAAGGUCUUUGUAAAGAAGGGAGAGUCAGAGAAGCUCACCAGACGUUCCAAAGGAUGAUAGACAGAGGAAUUACUCCUGACGGUAUCUCUUACAACACUCUUAUCUAUGCUUAUUGCAAAGAAGGAUUGAUGGAACAAUCAAAGAAGCUCUUGCACAAGAUGCUUGGGAAUAGCAUUGUUCCGGAUAGGUUCGCUUGUAAGGUUAUAGUGGAAGGAUAUGUUAGAGAAAGACGGUUACUUGCAGCUGUUAAUUUCGUUGUUGAGCUUAGAAGGUUAAAGGUUAGUAUCCCAUUUGAAGUUUGCAGCUUUCUGAUAGAGAGUUUAUGCCGGGAAGGUAAACCAUUUGCAGCAAAGCAUCUGUUGGAAAGAACCAGCGAAGAGGAAGGUCACGAAGCUAAACCAGAGACUUACAACAACUUAAUCGAGUCUUUGUCCCGUUGUGAUGCGAUCGAAGAGGCGUUGCUUCUAAAAGAGAAACUGACAAGCCAGAAUCAAGUACUUGAUGUCAAGACAUACCGAGCACUUAUUGUCUGCUUGUGUAGGAUUGGUAGGAACCGGGAAGCCGAGUCUUUGAUGACGGAAAUGCUUGAUUGUGAAAUGAAACCGGAUUCUUGUAUAUGCGAGGCCUUGGUUAAUGGAUACUGCAAGGAAUUAGAUUUCGCUAAAGCUGAGAGUUUAUUGGGUUUCUUUGCUAUGGAGUUUGGAAUCUUUGACACAGAGAGUUACAAUUUGCUUGUGAAAUCGAUUUGUGAAACGGCAAGUGGAUACAAGAAGGUGUUAGAGCUUCAGGAAAGAAUGCAGAGAGUUGGGUUUGUUCCAAACAGCUUAAGUUGUAUGUACAUGAUCCAAUGUUUGAACCAACGAGACGAUUUUGAUAAUGAACGGUGAGGAAAUGUAGCGAUCGAAGCCGACGAAAAAUUGCAGAGAUUAAUAACAGCACUGAGGAAAGAAGCAACCGAUUCAAUCUCAAAUCAAUUCCAGAGAAGAACAACCAGGUCUCGGCUCGUUGUCAAUAGUUGCAGAUCCUUAAGAAAUCGAAAAAAGUUUUCAUGGCGGCAUUGGAAGAGCUAAAGAAGAAGCUUUCUCCAUUGUUUGAUGCCGAGAAGGGUUUUUCUUCAUCCUCAUCGUUAGACCCAAACGAUUCAUAUUUAUUAUCAGAUGGUGGAACAGUUAAUUUGCUUAGUAGAUCAUAUGGAGUUUACAACUUUAACGAGCUCGGGUUACAAAAAUGUACAUCUUCUUCUCAUGUGGAUGAAUCAGAAAGUUGUGAGACCACAUAUCAAUGUGCUUCUCAUGAAAUGCGGGUUUUUGGAGCUAUAGGAAGCGGUGCUAGCAGCGUUGUUCAACGCGCGAUUCAUAUCCCGAAUCAUAGAAUUCUAGCUUUGAAGAAAAUUAAUAUCUUCGAAAGGG